AAUGGGAAAGCACCUCGGCGUCACGCACCUCCUUUCCCGGCGGGCACCGCCUGCGCAGCGAGUGAGGCGUCGUCAGUGCUGGAGGCAGGCUCCGGUCGCGGCCGCGGCUAGUUAACAUCGGUUUUCCAAUCUGUCCGCGGCUGCCGCCGCCCAAGACAGAGCCAGAAUGUUCAGGAUGCUGAGCAGCAGUUUUGAGGAUGACCCCUUCUUCUCUGAGUCCAUUCUUGCACACCGAGAAAAUAUGCCACAGAUGAUGAGAAGUUUAUCUGAAUCCUUUGGAAGAGACUUGCUCAGUAUCCCUGAUGGUAGAGGGAGAGCUCGUAAUCAUAGAGGACAUAAUGAUGAAGAUUCUUUGACUCAUACAGAUGUCAGCCCUUUUCAGACAGUGGACCAAAUGGUGUCAAAUAUGAGAAACUAUAUGCAGAAAUUAGAAAGAAACUUUGGUCAACUUUCACUGGAUCCAAAUGGACAUUCAUUUUGUUCUUCCUCAGUUAUGACUUAUUCCAAAAUAGGAGAUGAACCACCAAAGGUUUUUCAGGCCUCAACUCAAACCCGUAGAGCUCCAGGAGGAAUAAAGGAAACCAGGAAAGCAAUGAGAGAUUCUGACAGUGGACUAGAAAAAAUGGCUAUUGGUCAUCAUAUCCAUGACCGAGCUCAUGUCAUUAAAAAGUCAAAGAACAGGAAGACUGGAGAUGAAGAGGUCAACCAGGAGUUCAUCAAUAUGAAUGAAAAUGAUGCUCGUGCUUUUGAUGAGGAGUGGCAAAGUGAGGUUUUGAAGUACAAACCAGGACGACACAAUCUAGAAAACACUAGAAUGAGAAGUGUUGGUCAUGAGAAUCCUGGCUCCCAAGAACUUAAAAGAAGGGAGAAACCUCAACAAAGUCCAGCCAUUGAACGUGGAAGAAGAUCAAAUGUUUUGGGGGAUAAACUCCACAUCAAAGGUUCAUCUGUGAAAAGCAACAAAAAAUAAAUAGCCAUGCAUUUGAUUUGCUUAGUUUUGGUUGUUUUAACAGUUAGUAAUGGUGCUGGGUAAUAAGCAUAAGACCAAUCUCUUGCUGUUAAAUCAGUUCUGUCCUUGGCAACUUUCUUCUGAUACCUGAAUGUUCAUGAAGGUCCUAGCUUUAUAUUGUCCCUCUUUUAGGAAUAAAAUUUUGAUUUUCAACAAUGUGA